AUGAAGAGAAGUAUAUCAAAUAGCACAAAGAUGAAGCCUAUUUCAGGAUUUCAUUUAAUGAAAUUCCAUGCACUUUUAAGCAUAUUAAUCUUACAUAGUUGCUUUGCAAGGAUUGGCAUACAGGGAAUAAAAGAGAUUCAUGAAAAUCCAAUAGACGGCGAUAAAACAGUAUUUGUUAAUUUUGAAGGGCCUCUUGGCCUGCUAGAUGCAUAUUGCAGCAGCCAGAAUGGAUACAUAUACAACAAACGAUUCUAUUCUGCUGAGAUAGACAGAAGCUAUUCUUUGAAGGAGGGAGAUGCGCCUUCAAAUUAUAUAUUCACCAGAGCACCAGCUAAGGACAAAGUAUAUAAAGACCUAAAUUCAAAAAGUGAUACUAAUGAGUAUCUCAAAGUGUACCACACACUGCUUAUAAAGAUGUUUCCCUCAGUGGAUGGGGAUCUUUCUAUUGAGGCAGGCAGGCUUGACAUGAUUACAAACUUCCUAAGAGCAGAGCACGUCAAGAAAGACGCUAAAUACAUUCUAGCAGCACUUUUGCUGCUUUCAGAAGGAAUUGAUGUUCAGAUAAGUGUAGACGGCUCAGAGAAGAAAAAGAGUCUUGUCAUAAAAAGCAAGAAAUUCGAGGGGAAGAUCCUUGUGGACGUGGAUAUGCAUAUUAUUAAUAUUAACCCAUGCGUUGAGGAGCAGAGAAGUAGCAUUUACCAAAGUGAGACAGCUAAAAUUGUUAACUUCUACAAGAAGUACAGAGACAGUCCCUUGCUAAAAGAAGGGGGUGAGUUUGCAAUACCCACCAGUAUAGAUGGGUUUAACAGUGGAAAGUUUCUAAACAAUUCAGGAUUGCUCAUACAGACGUACAUAUAUGAGUUUUUUGACAACAUAAAGGACUAUAGAUCCUUUGUUAGUGCAGUGCAUGAACUUUUCAUUGAUCAAAUAUCUGAAAGUGAUAACUUAAAGGAAGCUACGCAGAAAACAAACAUAUUUUCCAAGCUCUUUCGAAGAAAGUAUUCUCUUUUUGAUGAGAGGAAAAGGUACAUUACGCAAUUCUAUAAUUUUGUGAAGGAUAUGCAAGAAAUUAUAUUAUUUCCAUUCUACAAUUCUAGUCAGCUGCCAUCAUAUACUAGAGUGCCGCCCUAUAAACUAGAUAAAUCUGGAUUUGAAACAAACCAAUCCUUAUACUACAGCAACUGUGUAGAAACAGCUCUUUUAGGGCUUUUCUGCUGCCUAGCAUACAACAUAGAGACAAAAAGGUAUCAAACCAGCCACAUGGGAGAAGAAAUAAGUAAAGAACUGAGAGAGUUCUUUGAAAAGUAUCCUAAGCCAGCGGAAACCACUGACUUUGAAAUGCACUUACAAUGGUGCAAGGUUGUUUCCUGUCUAGAUAGCAAGAAGGUUUUAUACAUACGAACAGGUAAUGAACUGUAUUCUGGGAUUAUAAAUAUGUUUCUUGUUAUAGGAGAAAUCACAGGGAAAAAGACAGACAUUCUGGAUCUAGUUGAAUACAUGAAAAGUGCAAAUAUACAAGAAGAUCCAAAUUGCAUCCAUAAAAAUUCUAUUCAGUUUAGAAUGCAGGAAAUUCUUAAGUCUCUGUCUCAGAAUAAGAGUUUAGAAGUAAGCUGCAAAAAUAUAAAACGUGAAGGAAGGCUUAAUUUGCACCAAGAUCUUUUUGCGAAUAUCAGCAUUACCUUUACAUAUGGUGAAACAAUCACUGGCAUUGCUUUAGGCGUGACAAAAGGACAUACUAAACUUACUCUUCUUCCAUCAACAUCUUCAAAAUAUAUAGACAUGAAAAAGAAGAGCAUACAACUAGCAAAAUCAUACUAUUUGAUAAAUCCCUAUACAAUGUGUGUUAUUGACCAAUAUAUUUCCAGUGAAGUGCUAAAACUAGAAAUAGGAAGCCAAGCUGCUUUAUAUUUUAUCACAACAGCUUUGAAUAAAGUAGCACUCAACCCACACAAUAAUCCAUCUCAAAUAUUUAUAUAUGGGAAGAUUGAUAGCACUAUUUCUAAGGAGGUUGUCAUAUUAAGCUUUUUCUUUGAAACGCUAAAAAAAGACUUAAGUCCGUCUACUCCUUUGGUCCGUAUUACUGCAAAUAUCUUUUGUAGUAUUCCACUUGAUGACUCAGAUACACAGAAGAUAAUGAUCCCAAUGGUCUUCUACUAUUCUAACUGGCAGGACUAUUAUCCUAAACUUACGUACACACAACCAAAGCAUCUUAAAGAGUCAAAUCUUCAUCCUAGUGCACUAACAUCACCGUAUAAGCAUAUACUAAGCACAAACUCUGUGCCUCGUAUAGUCAAGUACCUAAGAAACUACCUACAGACGCCUAUAGGCGAUAGAAAUAUACAUUAUUUACUGUUUAGAGGCGAAAUGCUCAAAAAGCUAUUCAAUCUUAUAGUAGACAGUCACAAAAUAAGCUCAUUUGCAGAGAUUCAAUCGAUACUUGAGGAGACAAAGCAGCCAACCGAUGCAGAUGCCCUUAAUUCUGUAUAUAUUGGCUGGUUCAUUUAUGCAUGCAUAGACUCUACACGCACUCCAGAGAUUAUUAAGAUGACCUACAGCUUUAUAGAUUUUGACAAUUUGCACUAUACAAGAGAGAAAGAACUAGAAAAAUACUAUACACAUUUAGACACAGCUAUUAAUGUUCUAGUAGAAGAAAAAAGUAUUUUAUGCACAGAGAACAAUAGCGAAAGUAUACAAAAAUAUAACAACCUACUAAGGUAUUUUAGAAUAGUUGAAAAGAGAGGCGGGCUAUAUGAAAGGCUUGUAGAAAAAGUGGCUGGAUUCAUUACAUGGGUAGCCUCUUUUUUAAGAUGA